AUGAAGGUCCUCCCAUUCUUAUAUGCGCUUCCGCUUGUUUCUGCGCUGGGCAGCAGACAACACAAGCGAGAUCUGGCAAUUUCAAGCCUGAAGAAGCGUGACAUUGAUCCCCAACAGCUCUAUCCGGAGUACAACAUCUCGGUGCCUGUAGACCACUUCCACAACGAGACUCAAUAUGAACCACACAGUAAUGCUACUUUCGACCUGAGAUACUGGUUCGAUGCAUCGCACUACCAACCUGGAGGACCUGUCAUUGUACUCCAAUCUGGUGAGACCGAUGCUUCAGGACGCUUGCCAUAUCUGCAGAAAGGCAUCCUUGCUCAGCUUGCCCAAGCAACUCAUGGUAUCGGUGUUGUCCUCGAGCACCGCUAUUAUGGAACCUCUUUCCCCACUCCUGAUCUUUCUACCAAGAACCUCCGUUUCUUGACCACUGAGCAAGCACUUGCCGAUGAGGCAUACUUUGCAAGAAACAUUGUUUUCCCUGGACUCGAACAUCUGGAUCUCACCAGUGAUUCAGCUGCAUACAUUGGAUAUGGCGGAUCAUAUGCUGGUGCGUUCAAUGCUUUCUUGAGAGUUGUCUACCCUGACGUCUUCUGGGGAACCAUUUCCAGUUCUGGUGUGACCAAGGCCAUCUAUGAUUACUAUGAUUAUUUCACCCCAAUCGCCGAGAAUGGCCCUCCCAAAUGUAUCUCGACACAGAAGACGUUGAUCAACAUUGUCGACACAAUUCUCAAAAAGAACCAGACAACCCUCACUCACCAACUCAAGUCUGCAUUUGGCCUCGAGAACGUGACCUAUGACAACGACUUUGCCUCAACUCUAUCCAAUGGUAUUGAGAACUGGCAAAGCCGCAACUGGGACCCAGAGGUCGGGAGCCCUGCCUUCGAAUUAUACUGCAAUAACAUAUCAUCCGAUGCAACGCUUUACCCUGCCACCUCUUCGCUCCGUCCUGCCGUCGAGUCACUAAUCAAGGACACCAACUACACCGUCGAGGAGAGUUUGGUCAACCACAUGCUCAACUUCAUUGGGUACGUCAACGUGACCUCCGUGGUCCCCUGCGCCAGAGGUGGAAGCACGCAAGAUCAAUGUUUCAGCAACCAUAACACGGCAUACUACCAGCAACAUGACCUAGCGUCAUAUGUUUGGCGUUCGUGGGCGUACCAGUACUGCUCCGAGUGGGGGUACUUACAGACUGGUUACGCACCUCCAGGCGAGUUGCCAAUUGUCUCGUCUCUGCUCGAUCUCGAAUAUGAAGGCCUUGUCUGCGUGGACGCCUUCAAUAUUACUACUCCUUCCAAUGUGGAGGCAGUCAACAAGUAUGGAGGUUAUGACAUUUCGUAUCCUCGUCUUGCCUUUGUUGAUGGCUCCGCCGACCCUUGGCGUCCUGCUACACCCCAUGCAUACGCUCAAGGUGCUAAGAAGCGCAAGUCGACUGCUAGCGAACCCUUCAUCCUGAUCGAUGGAGCCGUUCACCACUGGGACGAAAACGGCUUGUUCCCUAAUGAGACGACCGCUUCUCUCCCACCAUUGACGGUGGCUGAUACUCAAAGACAGGAGAUUCAGUUUGUGCAGGAAUGGAUGCUAGAGUGGCAGUCGGCGCAACAGGUCAAGAUGGCUUAUCAGAGGCCAAUUACUCAAGGCCCUAUGUGA